AUGGGAAAUCUUUACUUUCAUUUCUCCUCCUCCAUUUUCUCCAUGCUCUGUCUCAUGGUUUGCCCAUCUUUAUGUCAUUACAAUUUUACCCUUGAUGGAUUGACACUUCUUGCUUUCAAAUCUUCUAUUAGGGACCCUUACAAUCACUUGAAAAAUUGGUCCAACUCAUCAUCUUCCUUUUGCAACUGGUUUGGAGUCACUUGUGAUCCUAACAAUGAGAGAGUGAGAAUCCUGAGUCUUCCUGAUCUGGGUCUUGAGGGCACCUUACCCUUGCAAAUUGGAAAUCUGUCCUUCCUAGAAAAACUUGAACUACAAAGCAACAACUUUCAUGGUGGGCUGCCAAAAGAGUUGCUUCAAUUGCGCAAAUUGGAAAUUCUAAACUUGAGUUAUAAUACUUUUAGUGGAGAAAUUCCGACUUGGAUUGGAAGCUUGUUUAUGCUUCAACACUUGAGUCUUGGCAAUAAUAGUUUUGGAGGUCUCAUUCCACCAAGUAUAUGCAAUUUGUCUAAUUUGGAGACGUUGGAUUUGAAGUCUAAUUCUAUCAAUGGAUCUAUUCCGGUGGAUAUUGGAAGACUUCAACACCUAAAAUUUUUAAGCAUUUCUAGAAACAUGCUUUCAGGAAGUAUACCUCCAACUAUCUCUAACUUAUCAUCACUUGAACACAUCUCAUUGUCUCUCAACUUCUUAGAAGGACAUAUUCCCAAAGAAAUGAAUAAGCUUACAAAUCUGAAAAAUAAGUACAUAGGUAUGAAUCAGUUGUCAGGGCAAAUACCAAGCAUUGGAAAUUUGUUCAUGCUUGAAAAUUUAUAUCUUGCAAGCAACAGCCUCCAAGGAAAUAUUCCGAAUGAAAUAAGCAAUCUUACAAAUUUGAACAGCAUAUACUUAAGUUUUAAUCAAUUGUCUGGUCACAUACCAAGAGGCAUCGGCAAGUUCACUAGGCUUGAAGAGUUAGUUCUGGACAACAAUAACUUUGAAGGAAAUAUUCCCAAUGAAAUUGUAAGUCUUGCAAAUCUGAAGAUGAUGGGCCUAAGUGUUAAUCAGCUAUCUGGCCCCAUACCAAGAGGCAUUGGAAACUUGACUGUGCUUCAACAGUUAUAUCUUGGUAGCAAUAAUUUAGAAGAUAAAGGGAAAUCUAAGACGCACACAGAGACAAUAUCUACAAUCGGUUAUAUUGCACCAGAAUAUGGAUCUGUUGGAAUGGUUUCAACAAAAGUUGAUGUGUAUAGCUAUGGAAUAUUACUAAUGGAAGUGUUCACUAGGAAAAAGCCAACAGAAGGUAUGUUUGUCGAUGGAUUAAGCUUAAAAACUUGGAUAAGUGAAUCAAUGUCACAUGCAUUGAUUCAAGUCAUGGAUUCCAAUUUAUUACAAGGAGAUGAACAAUAUGUUGGCAAUACUUUGACAACUACAUCCACUAUUUUCAAAUUGGCUUUGACUUGCUGCACUGAUUUUCCAACAGAACGUUGCAAUAUGUUAGAUGUUGUAGCGUCAUUGAACAAGAUCAAGGACCUGUUUGUGCAAAGAAGUCAAGUUAAAAAAAAUUAAUAUUAAAUCUAUUUUGCAAUUGGUGUUGUUGUCUAUCCUUCAUUCCUCCA